GAUAUUUACAACAUCGCGCGGUUUGUUGAGCUGCUGAGAUUUCUGUGAACAAGGUACAACAUCAUUCCAUUGUAUGGGCUCUGCUAAGUAUUUAAAGAAAUGGCUCGGAAGACAUUCUUUUCGACAUAUGUUCUCCGAAAUGUACCCAUCAGGACAGCGGUCAUUGUAAUGCUUAUGAUUAUCUUCUUCAAAUAUGUGUUCACAUGUCCAUGCACAACACCCGCGGAAACUCUUCUGCACUGCUGGCUCUACCUGUCCCUGCCAAUAGGCAUACUGUUUUUUGUUAUGAUCCUGAUCGACGCCCGGAUUUUAAAGAUGUGCAGAUGUUAUGUGUGCAAAUGUUGCGUCGGCGGACAGAGGAGAUGUUGUAAGAGCGAGUGUUGUGUUACUUUUGAGUGUUGCUGUUGCGCCGGUGGUUACUGUUAUCACCCAGAGAGUUGUGGACAGGAAGGAUGGUAUUACUGUGGCAUGAUAUGGAAACACUUACUUAAUGUCUUUUAUGCGGCUUCGCUGUGGAUAGUCGUUGCAUUUAUCGACGGGGAUUGGUACGUUUGCAUCAGGACUGUUAAUGUGAACGGUACCGGGGAACAAAUAGCUUGCAAGGAUUUACCAACUCCAGAUGAGGCACAGAUUCUUAGAAAAUAUGACAGUGAAUCACGGGUAAUUGGCCUAAUUCUUAUACUUGGGCUGUCAUUUUUGUUGACAAUAAGCUCAUCUUUCAUGAUCCGAUGGAAGCCAUAUUAUAAAUCGCUCUUUGAGGGUUAUCUAAGGCAUGAGACAUCAGCCAUUCUGGAGGAGAGACUAUAUGAAAAAGCCACGGAGAGAGCAAAGCUUGUCUGUGAGCAAUUACUGAGGAACACUCAAAGUCAACAUGUGAACACUACACAGGGUGAUGCCCGUCAUGUUCAGUAUCAUCAAUUAGUCAAUGUUGAGGAGGACAUGUGGCACCAAAUAUCAGACCCAGCAAUACAUGUAACUGUGUUUCGUGAUGGGUUACCAUAAGCAGUGUAAAAUUCACUACUACCUCUAUCUUGCCAAAGGAAUGUUUACAACUCGUUUUACAUUAAUUUGCAUGUUACAUGCCAUUUUAUCAUGUAUGGUAUGUUAUUGGUUUAUGUUAUGGUAUGUUCCUUAGUCUGUUAAAUACUGAGAAAUGAGCAUACUUUGUUCAUGUAACUACAAUUCACAAAUUUUCAAUGUAUGGAGCCCCUGAGAGGACAGGGUGGAUUUUUCUUUUGAAAUAGUUUUGCGUACCAUCGCAAUAAGUUUUGCAUUCCCUCACAAUAGUGUACAUUCCUUCGCAAUAUUACUAUAUGGUUUCCGCAAAAAAAAAAAAAACCUGGUUAGCUUACUAAAGUCAUUGUUAUGUAUACUGCAAUAUUACUAUAGUAAAACCAUGAUUUCUGCCAAAAACUAUGGUAACUACAUUCUACAAUAUUACUAAACCAUGGUGACUAAAACCUACACUAUUACUAGAGUAAAAACAUGGAACUGUCAUGGUUACUACUAUAGUAAAGCCAUGGUUUGUGCCAAAAAACAUGGUUACUAAAGUAUUACUAUAAUAAAACGGUGAUGGUAGAUGUUUUGCGAGAGAACGUAAAACUAUUUCGGGGUAACGCAAAACAUAUUGUGAGGGGAAACCAUUAAAUAUUGUAAAUAAAAUUGAUCUCACCUAUUAAGGGGCACUGUACUACAGACUACCCAAAGAUUGGGAAUUUUCUUUACUGUAGCAAUUAAAACAUUCUUGAAGCACCUUUUGAUUUUCCUCAGAUGCCACACUGGAGAACUUCCAGACACCCUGUAAAGUAGUCACAAAUAUUCUGUUUAGGGACUUCAAUAUAUUUCAGGUGCCUCAAAACAUUUGCCUUCUGAUGGGGUUAUUGAAGGAAUCUUCCUCUUUAGACUUCUGCAAGAAAUAUGUUUCUGAGAGAUCUUUAAGGGUGACUGGAGAUUCUCCAGAGGGUUCCACCAGUGUGGCAUUUAAAGAACCCCAUAUGGUGCCUUGAGAAUCUUAAAUUUUUUUAUAGUGAAUCUAAAAUCAAUAAGAAAUUUGUUACAACUCUAUGGUUUACCUACAAGGGUUUGUUACAAUGUGUGAUUUAGUACACAUACCAAAGGAAGAAAUAUAAAUAACAAAUUAUUUCUUCAAAACGAGGACUUUUUGUCUCCAAAAGUGUUUCACGACUAGGUACUGUGUCUUAUACAGUGGAUGAGCAACUCACAGUGCAAAACAAUUGAAAGGGCCACACAUAUAAAUAGUAUGAAAGUAGUGCUAAACUUGUCUUAACAAGCAAUGCCAAAGCACUGUACAGGUUGACUUUGCAUGUUCAGUUGGUAUAAUUUAAUAGUGUCAUAUAAUGUCUAAAAUACUAGCACUGACUUCAACAUUUCUCGAAGGGGUGCUUUGUUCUAACUUUUGAGUUACUUUUGAAUUUUUGAAACACAAUUAAGCUACUUUUAAACAAUUUGCCUUGUACAAAAACAAAACAAAAGCAAAUAUUUUAUUUUUUUUUAACAUUGAACAGCUGGAAUAAAUUCACAUUAUUAUUAUUAUUAUUAUUAUUUGUUUCGUCUGAGCACCUCAGUAAAUUGAAAGGAACAGAAUUGUAUCUCAAUACACUAUCCUCGUGCUACCCUUUGUUCCAUAUUUAAAGGGAGACAGGAAGAAAUAAUGGACAAGGUAUUUUGUACUUUUAUUUA